AUGCCCAAUCAGUGGAAAUCUACAUCACCUUUGGAUAUUAUCCAGCCGCACAUCCUUCACCUUUGGAAGGCACGUCAGACAGACAAGCAGAUUGUUGUAGAAUUGCAGAAACACUUUGACACAUUGCACUAUGGUCUCAGCAUGCUUAGGCUCACUAAAUUUCUCAAAAUUCGCAAGGGUAUGGGCCUGCGAAGAACACACCAGCAAAUGCAUAAUGUUGAGACUAUCCGUGAGGUGAUGACUGAUCUGUGUAUGACUUAUCCAAAUGCUGGAGCACGUGAAAUGUCUCUAUUUGUACUGCAGGAGUGUGGUGACAUCUUACUUCGCCAUAUACAAGCCAGAACUUGUCCUCCAGCGCAAGGCCAAUCGCCUUCGAAGGAGAUGAUUUUGGGCAGCGGGAAUAUGCCCAUGGUCACCCAGAGUGACCCUGGGUCGGAAAAUUUUGGCAUUGCCAAUGCACAUACAAUGCUUCGCCAGUGGCAUGAUCCUGCACUGCAGGGUACUUUGCAGCAUCACUGGAUGCAAAACAAGAAGAACAUCAUGCCCAAGAUAACCUGGUCACAAAUGCGACGCCGAUUCACACCAGGAUUCAAGUCACUACUGGACCACGGAGUCAUGUCAGGUUGGUAUGAUAGUAAUAAUACUCUCCAAAUCUUGUGGGAUCGAUUUAGGAUGGUCUUUCAAUGGGUCUUUAUACCUUGGUUGCAGCGGGAAUUGGACGCAUACCAGGACCAAUCACCUGAGGACUUCGGUGCCCUGGACUUUAAAAUUACUGUUGAACGUGAGGCAUUAGAUCACAUACAAAAUCUCUACAUUGAUCCUUCUCACAUCAUCUUCGACCUCGUGUCACAAUCAUUCAGGAAGCUCAUACAGCAUUACUACGAGGAACUGGGGCGCCCAUCAGUCACAAGGCAGUCAGCUUGGGACGUAUACCUACUUUUUCUUGAUAUGCUGCAAGGCAACAAGGAGAUACCAUCCACUAUUGAAGAUGUUGAAGAAGAUCUCCCGCUUUUAGAGAAUUACCAGGACUUGCCUUAUCACAAGGACAACAAUGGUGCCUACUAUAUGGGUGGGGUGGGUGGUGGACUCGGACUCAGUAGUAUUGAUGAAGACAUCAUCAGAUUGGAUCACGAUGGUCUGGUCAUAUGGGAAUUCUCCAAUUUUUCCAAUGUCUCAGAUGGUGACACAGAUGUAGAUGAAUGUAGCCUGGACACUUGUGCUCUGACUGGUAAUCUUGGUGUUAUAGGUCCUACAAAAGCAUUGCCUAUAUAUGGUACUGCUAGCUGA